AUGAAACUGAUUUCUUCUUCUACUCCAAUUCAUUAUACCAAAAUAUUUGCUAUCUUUAAGGAUAAAAUUGUUCUCUUCUUCCUCCUGCUUUUUCUUGUUGCACUAUCGCAAUCCCAGGAUCUCAAAAUUUUUACUCAGUAUAAUGAAACAAUAUGUGGAGAUUUUGAUGUUCGGAAACCAGCUUCGAUCAUGAGAAUCAGGAAUUGCACUGUCAUCGAGGGUAGCCUGUGCAUUUUGAUGACUAAGAUGCAACCAAAUGCUUCCCUACCCAAUCUCCGAGAAAUUACUGGAUUUCUUGUCAUAUAUGAUCUCACUGGACCGGAUGGUUUGGCCACGCUCUUUCCUAAUUUAACCGUCAUUCGUGGAAGUGAUCAUAAUCAGCGAUUUGAUACAAUUAGUUUGCCAUCACUUCGUGUCAUUCAACGCGGUGGAGUGCGUGUUGAGAUAAACCAAAAUUUGUGCUAUGUUAGAACCGUGAACUGGUCGUAUAUACUUGGGAAUCAGACCUCCUCGGCAGCACCGAUUCGUCUCUUCACAAAUCGUCUAAUUUGUCCCGAUACUUGCCAACCUGAAUGUACGUCUCCAACUGCUGAACCCAUGGCCUUAUCUGCUGAUUCGAAAUCCAAACCAAAUAAGCAGGAAGCCAUUCACUGCUGGUCGUCUUCUCUUUGUCAAUCAAUCUGUUCUCCCAAAUGCACAAAUCUCGGUCUCGCUUGUCGCAUGGAUGACCCGUAUACCUGUUGUCAUGACGAAUGUUUGGCAGGUUGCUAUGGUCCCGGCUCAGACGCAUGCGUGGCUUGCAAAGGAGCUCGUUAUCGCGGUACUUGCGUGACCCACUGUCCUCCUGGAACGUACCUCUACUAUGGUCGUAGGUGUAUCACGGCUGAAGAAUGUUUAAAUAUGACCUCUAUCAUUAGACAACCUCUUAGUGGUGUCGUGGUUGGAGCGAAUGCAGUUUCUGACGCCAAUACUUCUGUGAGCAAUGACAGUGAUGUAAAAACUACGCUUGUUCCAGAUAAUUCAGCUAAACCUAAUGUGAAUGGUGCUUCUGUGGGGGCUGCUAGUUCAUUUUCAGGUGUUACUAACAGUGUUAAUGGAUCAACUCCCAUUACGCGUCCUUACUCUAUUCACCAGGGACGUUGUGUUCAAGAGUGUCCGGCAGGUUAUGAGAGAAAUGAAGUGUCUGGGGAAUGCAUUUAUUGUGGUGAUAAGUGUCGACGAUUUCGCUGUACCAGCAUGUUGAUAUCCAGUCUCAAGUCGCUGUCGAAAUUGAAAGAUUGCUACUCUGUCAAUGAUCUCUAUAUUGGUAUUCAUGAAGGUGAUCCUACUUUAAUACAAGAACAACUCGAUGAAGCUUUCUCAGGUCUAAGAGAAGUGGACGUUAUCAGGAUCGUCAGGGCAACGGCUCUAACCUCACUCAAUUUUCUCCGUCAUAUCACUCGAAUCAAUCCAUCGAGAGCGUCACCUAACGUCACAGUGAUUGAGAUAAGACAGAACGACAAUCUGGUUGAUCUCUGGCCACCUCCGGAGAAAAAUGGGACUGGUGUUCAGGUGGUUUCUGAGGGUCUGGUGUAUUUCAUUCUCAAUCGUUACCUCUGCCCGCAGAAAAUCACGAAUCUUGUGAAAACUGGAGCUCUCCGACUUCCUGGUAAUCGGGAUUUCCGAACCGAAGAACGUGAAAUUGCUGAAGCCACCAAUGGAAAAAUGGGUUUCUGUGAGUCUAAUCAAAUAUCAUUGGAGUUGAAAAAUAUCUACUCUUCCUCGGCGGUUAUUCGGUGGCCUCGAUUCUUUGAAACGACUUCUGGUGGCGGUGGGCAAAGUGCCGCCUCUACGCUCGUCUUAAUCUUUUACCAGGCAACAACUAAAAAUCUUACUGUCUACUCCAACCGAAUGUCCUGCGGAGAGGACUCAUGGAAAAUGAUUCCUUCAGUGUGCAAUUCCUCCGUGGUAGAGAAUGUGAAUGGCGAUGGCGUUGCAUUUUGUAGCAAAACUCUGACCUCCCUUCAACCCGCCACUCGUUACGCUGUCUACGUAGAGUCAAAAACGCUCUUCAGUCAACGUGGCGCUAUUAGCAAUAUUGUCUACUUUAAUACAACCCCGAGCAAUCCUUCCUACUCCCGUUUGGUAAAGCUUCAAGCUAUGAACAGUUCGUGCAUUCACGUGAAAUGGUCCCCACCCCAGUUCAGCAAUGGUCCUCUUGCGGUGUAUCUUCUUUGGUAUCGUAUGAUACACAUAGAUCCGGAAUCAUAUUUCUACGGGGAUUUUUGCUUCAUGACACCUGAUUGGCUGUCGUCCUCCAUCAAGACACCGCGUUACAUUGGUACCUCGAGUUUAACUGGAAUGUACUGGUCUUAUGCGAAAAUGCAACAAGGCUUCUGUUCGAAGUACCAAUGCUGCAAUCCUACUUCGCAUAAAGACUUAUGGUCGAUUGAUUAUCGUGAUGAAAAUCUUCCAGUGGUUCUUGCUUUGCAUGCUCUUACUCAAGGCAAUCGCCUAACUCGAACCCUGAAAGACAAUGAGGUUGGCCUCCUUGUGGUGAAUGCUGACAAUUCUGUCUCUAAUUCUGGGAAAGCUCUUCUCACCAAUACCCUCUCAUAUCUUCGCAGUUUCUCUCAAUACGUUGUUGAGCUACAAGCGUGUCAGAAGCCAGCUGAUGAUGCACCUUUUCCCUGGGCUAAAAAUAUGAAACCGGACUCGUCUGUGGAAAUUGAACUUACGCAGGAAUGGAUGGUGUACUUGAAGCGAUAUUGCAGUGAGAAGGUCUUCAAAACCCAGAGGACUCUUCCUGCAGUUGGAGUUGACAACAUAGACAACAGUCUUAUCUCCUCCAUUCAGGAAUCUCCAGAUUCCGUCCUGGUUUUGUGGUCAGAACCGUCAAAUCCAAAUGGAGUCAUCUUAUACUAUGUGCUGCGAUAUCGAAGAGCUGAACAGUUUUCGUCUGUGGAUAGCAGUACAACCAUGUCGCAAAAUAUGUCAGAGUUGGCAAGAACUGUCAUCUUUAGAGCCCCUUGGAUGAGGAGUUAUUAG